AUGCCGCCCCGAGCCGAAGAAUUCCAACCAGGAAAUGAAUUUGCAACGUUGCCCAGGACUGGGUUCACAUUUUCCCUCCUUGAGACCAUAGAAGCGUCUAAGUCCAAGAUGGACCGAUGGGUGGAUAUUCAAAAAGCCAAGAUUGAAGAAGAAGCUGCAGACUACGACCGCAAACUCAAAGAAGAACAGCAAGAAAUUGAUGAUCUAGUGGCAAAGAUAGCGACAGCGCAGUCUGAACGUGGGCUGAAAAUGAAUCCGGAUGAAGACGAAAACCAAACCGCGAAUAUUUUGAAUAAGAAGGCUUUGCUAGAACUCCAGAAACAGGAAAUUGAGUCGAAAAUUCACAAGCUGGAAACAGAAUGUAGGAAUAGAACGAAGAGAAUUGAAGAAAUAUCGCUCGAGAACGAGAAGCAGCGUCUUCGUGCAGAAGAGGCUCGUUCCUUGAAAAAUCGUGUGCUGGAAGCAAAACAAACGACUGUAGAUGAUCUCACAAGGGGCAUUUUGUACUACAAGUAUUUGGGGCUAGACUUUGAAAAGACAGAAGGGGAAAACGAACUUAGAUUCAUCUUUACGCAGUUGGAUCCAGAAGUUCCGACAAGACAAUUUUCGUUCGUUCUUCAAGUGGACAGAAACGACAAGUACGAAAUCAGUAACUGCGAGCCCUCAGUUGAUGCAAUUGUUUUGGUCGAUGUGACACAUCGAUUGAAUCGAGCAGAUGAUUAUAUGUACCUUGCUCAAAGAAUGCGGCAAGCCUUUGUGGAAACUCUUGGCCAUCCUCAGGAUGUACACUCGUGCUGA